UUUUAAAAAGAGCGGGAAGGUGAAACCGCACUACAAUGCAUGGGUGUAUAAAAUUCAAACAUUAGGCUAUGGGUGGGGCUACCGUUUUAGCCACUUUGAUUGGCUCUCUCGCGUCUUAGCCACACCAAUGAAACCCAUUCAUGGUGUGUGUCCAAUGAAGACACCCAAUCAGCGCCGUGAGCCUGUUGUCUUUGAAAAUUAGCAUGGACAGAGAAUAAAUACUUCUUCACCAGUACAGAUCGUUAUUCACUUUGUUGUUCCGUCGUGAGAGGUCAUGCCUGAGCCAGCGAAGUCCGCGCCUAAGAAGGGGUCCAAGAAGGCCGUUGCUAAAACCGCAGGAAAGGGCGGUAAGAAGCGCAAGAGGUCCAGGAAGGAGAGCUAUGCUAUCUACGUCUACAAGGUCUUGAAGCAGGUUCAUCCUGACACCGGGAUUUCCUCUAAGGCCAUGGGGAUCAUGAACUCUUUCGUCAAUGAUAUCUUUGAGCGUAUCGCCGGUGAGUCCUCUCGUCUCGCUCACUACAACAAGCGCUCCACCAUCACAUCGAGAGAGAUCCAGACCGCCGUGCGUCUGCUGCUGCCCGGUGAACUCGCCAAACACGCCGUGUCUGAGGGAACAAAGGCCGUCACCAAGUACACCAGCUCCAAAUAAAGUUUCCAGCUUUUCUUCACCCAAAGGCUCUUUUAAGAGCCACCCACUUUAUCUGAUAAAUGAGCGUCCAUUUUGGUUUAAUUGAUUAAAGCAAUUUUUUCCGGUUUUUAUUCAGAAUGGAACAAUGGUUUGCUAUAUGAUCUCUUGCAGAGGAUGUUUUACUCGCCUACAGCAUCAAUCGUAAGACUAUCAAUGAGUAACGUAUGAAGAGUUUUGUUGCAAAACGAGAUAAAUCCAUUUUUUAACAUUUUUGUCAAAACAUGUUUAUUAUGUUAUCAUGUUAUUAUUUAGUUUUAUGGUGCUACUUAGCUGCAUUUUUUAAGUUAUGAAGGUUUAAAUCAAAACAAACCAACUGCAGUUGCAUUGAAAUUAAUUGGAAUGCACAACCAAAAAAUGAGAUUUCUGAACAAUUAA